AUGUAUCAUGCAAAUAGUACUGCUAGUAUACACUUCGCAAAUGGCUCUGUCCAUGACGUUGUCAAGAUUGAAGGAGGAGCGUCCUACAAAGAGAUCAUGCGGCGAUUAUCAGAUUUGAACGACGAAUUGUCGCAGCACGAAAACAACUUCAAAGCUCCUCCCUCAAAGAAUGCUCUCCAUCAAUCACCCGCAUUUGUUUUGCCAACUCGACUACAGAAAGCACUCAAUUACGUAUCCUCAAUGUGGCCGAGGAAGUCACCCGCACCGCCUCCAGAAGCCGAAUCACUCCUUUGGAUGCUCAAAGCUCUAAAAGCAUCCUCAGAAACUUACCUCGAGACCCCAAUUCGGCACAUCGAAAUCACCAAUCCCGCGCUUCUUGGAACAUCAGAGAUCUAUAAAGCGAGUAUUAGCUCGGCAUCUUCGGCCCUUGGUUUGAAGAUGAGCAGCUCCCACUAUCUGGCCGCAGAGGCUGCGGCUAGAACAUACAACGUCAGAGGAUAUUGCGAUGAGUCAUAUGACUUUCCUGAGGGCCUGAAUGAAGAUGACACUCCAUACCGCUUGUUCGUGGCUUUGAGUUACAAUCGUGCUGCCUUCUCAGCCUUUCUCAUGGAAGAAGUAUGUGAUGUGAUGUUCGAUCUUCGGACCUACCACAACAGAUCUCUCGGCAGUGACAGCCCGCUCUCCAAGGAAGAAAGACACGCCAUGAUGAAGCACGCUUUGGAAGACGUCACCAGACCACCGUAUCCUCAGAAUGUUUUGGGCCACGAACAUGUACAGGAUAUUGUUCUCUUUGGAGAAGCAACGGAGGAUACUACGUUCCGUUCAGUACUCGAGGAAGUUUUCGGGCCCCGACUAGACAAGUGCGAUGUUAGAAGACAGCAGGAUGUAAUCGACCCCUUGUUCGCGGCUUCGAGAGGUGCGGCUAGGGAUAGUCAGCUGCUGGAAUAUGGGGUCGUUGAGUCAAGUCCAACAGGGUGUCCUAUAUAG